AUGAAAAAUAGUUAUAAUUUAAUUAUUAAAAGGCUGUACACUCGUAGUGGUGGAUUAAGAAAACCGCAGAAAGUAACAAAUGAUCCUGAAAGUAUUAAUAGAAAAGUUUAUUGGUGUUUUGAACAUAAACCUAUUAAAAGGACAAUUGUUAAUUUGAUUUUUUCACAUAAGGAAUUAAAAAUUUUCUCUAAAUUUUUAAAUCAUCCUAGUGUUGGCGCAUCAUUAAUUCAUGAAUUAUCUUUAGAAGGGCCAUUUACAGGAUUUCUACCAUCAAAUGAAGCAUUAAAUUUAAUCAGUUCAGAAAGUUUAAAUAAGCUAUACAAGGAUGAUAAUAAAUUAUCUGAAUUUGUUUUAAAUCAUUUUACAAAAGAAUUCUGGCUAUAUAGAGAUUUAUAUGGGUCAUCAUACCAGCCUUGGCUGAUAUAUAAUGAAAAAAGAGAAGCACCAGAAAAAAUCACUAAUUUAAUCAAUAAUGAUUUAAUAGUAAAAAUAAAGGGAGAUUUUAAGAAUUGUGAUCAUUCAAUUUAUUUAAACGAAUCAAAAAUUAUCAGACCCAACAUGAAAUGCCAUAAUGGAGUAGUUCACAUUGUAGAUAAGCCAAUAAUAUUUCAAUAA